GCCCACUUUAGUAUCAUAUCCGCGAUUCACUUCUUCCAACCCACCCACUUAUCCAUUAUCGCAUCGCUAUCAGUUCAGUCACAUCCAGAUAAAACCAACAUAACUUUCAAUCCAUCAUUGGCGCAUUCAUAUAUUGAACAGAAUAACAGUCGCAUGCUUGUAUGAAUUAAAGCCAUAAAUUCACAAAGUUUACGCGACUGUAAACAACGACUCAAGGCAGACGUGUUUUUGGAUUGAUAUGUCCAUAUUUACUAUCCAAAACCAAGUUCAUUUUACACUGAUCAACCUGAAUAUCGCACCUAGUACCUUCUUGAUUGUCAUAAUCAUAUCGUUCGCAUAUCUUUAUCUCAUACAGACGAAAGCUCUUCCCGUACCAGCUUGGAGCGCAUCGACAGACAUCGUGAAGAAUAAUAGAAAUCAUGGGCACUACGAUAGAGGAGCUAGAAGGAAUGUUCGACGACCACCCCUCGUUGAACGCAUCUCUGCAGGACUUCGAGCAAGGAAACAUAGAGAUAGAUCACAACCCGCCUCGUCGUUUUGGCUAUCCCUCCCAGCAUUCGGGCUUCCGCAGCGACACGGACUCGGAGGACGACCUAAGAGACUCGGUAUCCAGAGGUGGCUACAGUCCGCCAGCAUGGAGACGAGAGGAAAACGGCAACCGAAGCAGCGGCUUUUGGAAUCGGCAUAGUAAUAUAUUGGGAAAGAGGCACAGGGAACUUUCUAGAGAGAGUAGUCCGGAAUAUGAGAGUGCUGAUGAGGGAGGUGGAUCUGAUCCGACUCUUGCCGCGGCGGUAAGAACGAGACUACCUACUGGUUCAAUAUCACCGGAAAAGAAGAGAAGCCCCUCACCAGGUCCAUAUCCUUCGGGAAAUGAUGAUUUUGGAAAGACAUUUGGCGCGGUAGUUAAACAGGAGGAUGGCCACGAGGGCGCUUUGGUACCUUCGAUGGAGAACCCCAACAACUUUAUUCGAUUCGCAUUUAAAACCGAAGUACAACACCGUACAGAACCGUUUGAAGCUGCGUUUUCAUCUAUGAGUUUAAAGUUUGAGAAGAUCAUGAGUUCAUGGGCUUCCGUAUGCAGUGCGCUUGUGAUAGCGAUUAUUUCCAUCUUGACAUUACGAACACUGUUUCAACCUUCACAACUGCCACCGGUCCCAGAUCUCAUCAAGGUCGCGGGACUCGCAAGAGCUUUUGAACCUCUGAUAUUCUAUUCAGAAAAUGGUAUUCAACAAAUCGGCGAUAUACAACAGACUGGUAUUGCGGUCUGGGAUCUUGGUGAGAGUGUACGCUCAACAAAUAUGACUUCGGCGCCUGUCAUUGUUGCGGAACUCGAUGAACUGAGUGAAACCCUCAAAACUUUGUCUGUUGAGUUAACCAGAUUCUUUGCUAAUGUUGACGGAGAUGUGGAUGGUAUCUUGAUCGUUAUGGAUUGGGCGAAACGAGAACUUGCUCAGCUGAAUCACCUGCCACCGUCUCCCCUUAAUUCAGCCUUUGAUAAUAUACACACACUUCUUAGUCGAGUAGGAGUUUUCGAAACUCCUACUGGGACACCGACCAAAAUUGGCGUUGUCGCAACGAAUAUAUUUGGCAUGUCAUCGCCUCAAAGAACACGUCAGACCCUUCAAAGAACAUUCAACGAAUUUCUAUCAGUGCUCGAGGAUGCUAUUAGUUCUGAGCUCAACCAUGCUCUCCAUCUCUUUGCCAUCUUUGAAAAGAUCGAUCAUCAAUUCAAAGCAUUAUCUCGUAGCGCAUCCCGCGAGCUAGAUACCCAAGAGAUGGACGAAGAUAAACUUCUCUCUUCCCUUUGGACCAAACUGCUCGGUCCCUCCUCCAGUACCCUUCACAAAUUUGAGAAGAAUAAAAAGCUUCUCGCCAAUAUCCGUUCCAAGACAAUUCAAAACAAAUCCGUCCUCCUCGAUCAUAACGGUAAAUUAUUAACUUUGCGAGCAAACCUAGAUUAUCUAAGGAAAAAGCUAGUUAGUCCGCUCGUAAGGACAAACAGUAGUACCAUUCGAGUCGAAGAGCAAAUUCAAGGCCUAGAAGAUGCAAGUGGAUAUCUAGGAAAGGUUAGGGAAACACAAAAGGGGAAGUUGAUGGAAAUGCUAUAUGGUGCAGGAAGUGGGAGCGCAAGGAGAGUAGCGGGGGCAAAGGCGGUGGAGAUUGAAGGGAGAUGGGAAUAAUUCUGUUUGAUUUCCUUUUCUUUCCUCUUUCCUCUUCUUGUCCUUGCGCGGGAGUAUAAAUGGAUGGGACCAAUUGUAUCAGUGAAGGAGGCUCACUUACUACUUGCUUUGCUUGCUUGCUACCCGGACGGUGUUUUUGGUGCAGUAACUGGAAGGUAGAUAAAUGGAAGGGAAUCAUGGUGCAUAUGGACCGUUAUCAUUGAUCGGAUUGGAUAGGUGGCGUGUUUUUUGUCGAUUGGCUUUUCAUUUUUCGUGGUUGCAUCAUGGAUUGGUGUUUGAGGGACAUUCUGUUUUGGUUCAGGCGUUUUGUGGGGAUACAGGUGGCAUGGGAUGAGGUGGAUUUUAUAAAUUUAGCAUGUAUUUACAACUCAUGUAUUCUUUCUUCUCUUCUUGUUCUGUUUUGUUUUGUUUUGUUUUGUUUUCUUUCCUGUGGUGCAUGGUGGAUGGGAGUUGGAUUGAGUUGGGGAUAUUGAGGGGGUGUUUUGUUUGCUUGGAUAGGAUGGAUAGGAUGGAGCUGGGAGAGUAGGAUAGGAUACGGGAGCGGGGAACUGGGAAUGGGGAAUAGGGAAUGGGGAAUAGGGAAUAGGGAAGGAGGAGUACAUAGCUUAGGGAUGCGAAUCAGGGAAUAUACUUUAUAUCACUUAAUGUCUAUCUAUGUUGCA